AUGGUGAUUGAGAAGACACCAGAAAACCUGAAUGUCAAAAAGCCGAUACACUGGAGACACUGGGCAGUUGUUGGAAGACAUAAAGAUGCUGGAAGAUGUGGAGAUGUUGGAAGACAGGCAGAUGCUGGAAGCCCUGGAGAUGCUGGAAGACUUGGAGGUGAAGGAAGACUCAUGCACUCCUUGGAAGACAUGGAUUUUUCCGAAGACAGAUUUUGGGAAGAUGUGGAUUUUCAGGAAGAUGUAGAUUUGUGGAAGGCAUUUUCAGGAAGAUACAUAGAGUUCCUGGAAGACGUGGAUUUUGGGGAAGACAUGGAUUUCCUGGUAGAUGUGGAUUUGAUGGAAGACAAAGAUUUUCUGGAAAAUUUGGGUAGGAUGGAAGACCAGGAGAUCCUGGAAGACAUAGAUUAGGAAGACCUGAAUUGUCCGGAAGACUAGGAUUGUUUGGAAGACAUUGAUAUGUGGAAGACAUGGACUGAUCUGGAAGACAUGAAAUUUCUGGAAGACAUCAAUCUUCAGGAAGAUAUUAAUCUUCAGGAAGGCAUACAUCUUCAGGAAGACACACAUCUUCAGGAAGACAUAUCUUGGCUGGAAGACCUGGAGUUAUUGGAAGACGUGAAUUUUCAGGAAGACAUAGAUCUAUUGGAAGACCUGGAUUUAAUGGAAGACAUUGGUAUCUAAGACUUGAACUGAUGGAAGACAUAGACAAGCUGGAAGACCUGGAUUUUUCUGGAAGACAUAGACUGGUUGGAAGACCUGGAUAUUUUUCUGGAAGACUUGGGAUUUCUGGAAGACCUGGAUUUUGUGGAAGACAUUGAUUAUUCUGGAAGAUGUAGAUUCUUCUGGAAGACAUGGAUUUUCCCGGAAGACAUGAAUUUUUCUGGAAGACGUAGAUUUUUUUUCUGGAAGACAUGGAUCCCUUGGAAGACAAAGAUUUUCCUGGAAGACACAGAUUUUCCUGAAGAUCUAGAUACCGUGGAAGAUCUAGAUACCGUGGAAGACUGAAUUUACUGGAAGACUCUUGAGGUUGUUGGAAGACGUAUAGCAUCUGGAAGACAUAUUUUCUGGAAGAUCAUGAUUGUCUGGAAGACCUUGACAGUGUUGGAAGACUUGAAGUUGCUGGAAGACCUGGAGAUGUUGGAAGACCUUGGUACUGGCACCACUGGAAACCCUAGAUAUUGGAAACAUUAUAAGCACAGGAUUUUUGGAGACACUGGAAGGCUUGGAUUUUUGAAAACAUUGGUUACUGUGGACAUUAAAGUCUUUGGAGGCCCUGAAUGUUGGAAUACUUGA